ACACUAAUAUGAUGGAGUCUGAUAUACUUUAAUACUUAAGUUAGUAUACAAAAUAUUCAAUCACACACAAAAUAGAGACUACUUACAAAGUCCAUCGACUAACAUUAGCUUGAAAUGUGUGUAAUAUCAAUGAUGUCGGUAAAGAUAUAGCCCCCAAAGUCGUAGAGUUCUAGUUGGGUAAGCUGGACUCCAUUAUUACCCUUUGGUGAAAGAAAACAAGCCCAAGUAGACUGUGUCUUUGGGCUUAGGCCAAGUCGUGGACCUGGGCAUGCCUUGAUGGACCCCAACAACCCGCUUAGCCUGUAAACAAGCACUUAAUAUUAUAAGCCAGGUAUUGUAAUGUAGGGGCUGUUUUCAAUUAUUUAGCCGACUUCCAAGGACCAAAUCCCCCAUCCAUGGUGCUUCCUCCACACGGAAUAUUCUCACAGGAUGCAACAAAAUAUCUCACUUCCUCUUGUCUUAUCAUUAAAUAUCUUCCUUCCGCUUUUUCAGGACCAUCUCACAACUAUUUCUUCUCUUCUCUCUUAUCCUUUUGAGAAAAAAAACAAAGUUAGGAAGAUGAGCGCCUCAUGGCUUCCUCUGUACACACCCACAAGACAGUAUCCAAUUCAAAGAAGGUUGGAACCGUACAUUCCUUCCACUUCCAGAAAGCUUCAUGGCAACACUUUGUCAUGUAGGGCAGCUUCUUCUAUUACAGACUUUGAUCUUUAUGAUCUUCUCGGCAUCGACAACACUGCCAAUCCAUCACGGAUUAAGGCCGCCUACCGUGCGCUCCAAAAGCACUGCCACCCUGACAUUGCCGGUCCUGCUGGCCACGACAUGGCCAUCAUUCUUAAUGAAGCAUAUUCUGUUCUGUCAGAUCCUUGUUCUAGGCUGGCUUAUGAUAAGGAGCAAGCAAAAAUGGCAGAACUUCGAGGUUACACAGGGAAGCCAGUUUAUUCGGUGUGGUUGGGAUCAGAAAGUGAACAAAGGGCGGUUUUUGUGGAUGAAGUGAAAUGUAUUGGCUGUUUGAAAUGUGCUUUAUUUGCUGGGAAAACAUUUGCUGUUGAAUCUGUGUAUGGGAGAGCUAGAGUUGUGGCUCAAUGGGCUGACCCUGAAUAUAAAGUUAUGGAGGCUAUUGAAGCUUGCCCAGUUGACUGCAUUUCGAUGGUGGAAAGGACAGACUUGGCAGCCUUAGAGUUUUUAAUGUCGAAGCAACCACGUGGGAACGUAAGAGUUGGAAUGGGGAAUGCAGCAGGCGAAAGAGUGUCGAACAUCUUCACUGACGUGAAGAAGUUCCAAAUCAGAUUCAAUGAGGCUAUGGAGAAAGCUACAAAAGAACAAUCUAAGGGAGCAACCUUUGAGAGUGAAGCACAGUUGGCUGCAAUUCAGGCUAUCAGAUCAAUCUCAAAUUGGCUAUUUUGGCAGACAGCCACACCAGCUGGACCUGGAUCGAAACACGGACAAAACCUGGCACGGAGUGCUAGCAAAUUCACACCCGAAAUUAACAGACUUCAGGCUGCUGUUACUGCAAGGAAACAAGUUAGAGAAAAAGCAGAAGACAGAAAUAGAACUACAGCAAAAUACCUAUACAAGGAUGACUAUUGGGUUCCAACCACCUUUGCACUUCCAGCCUCAACUCAAUCUCAAAACAACACAAUCUCAAAGCCAAGAGUGGAGACCAAACCUACUAAAGAAUCAGGAGAACUUGGGUUUGACGUUGGUGAUGGUGGUCAUGUUAGUCUCAUGAGAUUGGCAUUACCAGUUUCGAUAUCGAUAGUAGCAACUACUAUAAUUCAGCAAAUGGUGGAAAAUGAUGGUGCCAGCGGCUUAAAGGAACACGCCGCAGGUUCUAUGGCUUUAGACUUAGUUAACAGUCGCUGGAUGCAGGUGAUGCUAACAGGAGUCACUUGGUAUAUCAUUGGAAUGGCAGUGUUGGGAAUGGUAGGAAUGAUUGCAAGAAAGUUUAGGCCUUGAGAAUUACACAUAUAGUAAAUUCCUCUAAAAGACGGAAGUUUCAUGUAUAGCUAUAGUUGUACAAUUAUAAAAAUGGAAAAACACAUGGAUAUGUGAUCGCAAAUGACAGAAUUAAGAAGCGAAGUGUGUAUUAAACAGAGUUAUAUGCCAUUCAA